AUGUAUGUGACCUUUCUUUCCUUUCUUCUAUUUCUUUCUUUCUUUUCAUUCCUCAUUAUUUUUUAUUUUUUCUCUUUCUUUGUUUUUUUCUUUCUUUCUUUCCAUUACUCAUUUUUUUUUCUUUCUUUCUUUCUUUAUUUCUUUCUUUCUUUCUUUCUUUCUUUCCAUUCCUCAUUAUUUUUUAUUUUUCUUUCUUUCUUUCUUUCUUUCUUUCUUUCUUUCUAUUCCUCAUUAUUUUUUAUUUUCUUUCUUUCUUUCUUUCUUUCUUUCUUUCUUUCUUUCUUUCUUUCUAUUCCUCAUUAUUUUUUAUUUUCUUUCUUUCUUUCUUUCUUUCUAUUCCUCAUUAUUUUUUUAUUUUCUUUCUUUCUUUCUAUUCCUCAUUUUUUAUUUUUCUCUUUCUUUCUUUCUUUCUUUCUUUCUUUCUUUCUUUCUUUCUUUCUUUCCAUUCCUCAUUUUUUUUUAUUAUUCUCUUUCUUUCUUUCUUUCUUUCUUUCUUUCUUUCUUUCUUUCUUUCUUUCUUUCUUUCUUUCUUUCCAUUCCUCAUUUUUAUUUCUUUCUUUCUUUCUUUCUUUCUUUCUUUCUUUCUUUCUUUCUUUCUUUCUUCUUUCCUCAUUAUUUUUUUAUUUUCUUUCUUUCUUUCUUUCUUUCUAUUCCUCAUUAUUUUUUUAUUUUCUUUCUUUCUUUCUAUUCCUCAUUUUUUAUUUUUCUCUUUCUUUCUUUCUUUCUUCUUUUUUUCUUUCUUUCUUUCCAUUCCUCAUUUUUUUUAUUAUUCUCUUUCUUUCUUUCUUUUUCUUUCUUUCUUUUCUUUCUUUUUCUUUCUUUUCUUUCUUUCUUUCCAUUCCUCAUUUUUAUUUCUUUUCUUUCUUUCUUUCUUUUCUUUCUUUCUUUCUUUCUUUUUUCAUUCCUUAUUUUUUUUAUUUUUCGCUUUCUUUCUUUCUUUCUUUCUUUCUUUCUUUCUUUCUUUCUUUUGUUUAUUCGUUCCUCUUUCUUUUUUUCUUUCUUUGUUUACAGCUGUUCUUGCCUGAUUCUUUCCUUCAUUCUUUCUUUCUUUCUUUCUUUCUUUCUUUCUUUCUUUCUUUCUUUCCUGCCUUCUUUUUCGUUUUUUUCCUAUCCCGCUGUCCCCUCUUUCUUUGUUUUCAACUAUCUUUUCCAUAUUCUUUCUUUUUCCUUUCACUCUUUCUUUCUUUCUUUCUUUCUUUUUAA